AUGGCUCCUACCCAGAAGAACGUCUCCGAGGUCAGAAAGGCCAACGCUGCCCGAGCCCGUGCCACCCGGGCCGCCAACCUUGCCAAACGCCAGAAGCUCAAGGCAGAUAGGCAGGAGUAUCUCGCUCGUGCUCGCGCCAGCAAGAAGAGCAGCAGAGGACACAUCGACGUGGUAAUCAUCGGUGGCGAGGAGAUGAUCCUAGGAGCGCCCAACUUCUAA